AUGGGCCUUCGGUCGAAGCUACAAUCCUGGUCGCAGGAGCUUACGCCCUACUUUCUUUACCUUCUCCUGAUAUCAACACUAGGACCUUUGCUUUUCGGUUACCACCUUGCCGAGCUCAAUGCCCCUCAGGCUGUCAUCACUUGCUCCAAGAAGUCCACCAAUUCUUUGGCACUGAGCGGCUUGCCACAAUGUGUUCCUAUGAACGCUGCGCAGCUCGGCCUUGUCUCGUCCAUUUUUACCCUGGGGGGCCUCAUCGGUGCGCUGGCGGCGGGAUCUCUGUCUGCCCGCUAUGGGCGCCUUUUAACCAUGCGUGUCAAUACUGUUCUUCUAGCGCUUGGUCCUUUCGCUGAAGCACUCGCACCGAAUAUCGCUGUGCUCUCGAUCGGACGUCUCAUUUCCGGUCUAGGCGCCGGGGUCUCGGUGGUUGUGGUCCCCAUCUACAUAUCCGAGAUCGCCCCGCCAAAGGAGAAGGGCUUCUUCGGCGCCUUUACGCAGAUCAUGACGAACACGGGCAUCUUCAUCACCCAGCUGUUAGGCUACUUCCUAAGCCACGGACAAAUGUGGCGCAUUAUUCUCGCCGUGGCCGGGGUCAUUGGUGUCUUGCAGUUCGCUGGACUGAUGUUUUCGGUCGAGAGUCCAAAGUGGCAGGCCGACCAUGGCGAGCCGAGACAAGCUAAGAGCAAUCUGCGCCGCAUUCGAGGCCACAAGGCGGACAUUCAGGAGGAGGUCGAAGGAUGGAGGGUGCAGAACGAGGACGAGCGGAACGACGAGGAACGAACCCUGCUCGCAGAGUCGGACGACGAACCGCGCACAGACGAAACGUCGCGUGGCAAGAAGUCCGAAGCUGUAGGCAUCCUGGCCGUAAUAAAAGACCCUAACAACAACCGCGCCAUCCUUGCCGUGGUCGUGGUCAUGAUGGCCCAACAACUCUGCGGCAUCAACAGCAUCAUCAUGUACGGCGUAUCACUCCUCUCGGACCUCCUGGCUGCCAACUCCGCACUGCUCAACAUCCUUGUUUCCAUUCUCAACAUCGUGGCCACGACGGGCUUCGCACCACUUGUCGACGUCCUCGGCCGCAAACCAUGUAUCCUCAUCUCGAUUGGCGGCAUGGGCAUCUCAUCGGUCCUCCUCGCCGUGGGCAUCCGCUUUUCGAUCUCUGUCCUCUCUGCGGUUGCCGUCCUCCUCUUCGUUGCCAGCUUUGCAUUCGGUCUUGGCCCCGUUCCCUUCAUCCUCUCAUCUGAGCUGGUCGGCCCGGAAGCCGUGGGCGCCACUCAAUCAUGGGCUCUCGCAGCCAAUUGGAUCUCCACGUUUGUGGUGGCGCAGUUCUUCCCAAUUGUGAAUGAGAGGCUGGGCAAGGGGACUGUAUACUUUAUCUUUGCGGCCAUUGCGGCGGUAUUCUUCGUCUUUGUGGGGUGGUAUGUCCCCGAGACGAAAGGCAAGAAGGAUGUGGAUGAGGUAUGGGGUCGACCAUCCCGACGUGAAGAUUGA